AUGUCAACCACCGCCACGACUGUUGCUGCCGCAACAGCAGCAGGGGAGCGAACGUUGGCGCUCGAAGACUUGGCAGCAAGCGUUGCUCGCCCACAAGGCUAUGUCAAGGGUGUGGUGUCGCUGUGCUAUCAGCUGCAAGACAGUACGGCGCCAGAGUUCAAGGUGACGAUUCGAGACACUGGCACCAACGACUUUAACGACAUGAACGUCUUUUUCCAAGGCAAACUGGCAAAGCAACUCGCGCCAUUCCUCAAGAAGAAGGAUCAUCUGCUACUGCACCGUGUCAAGGUGCAAGCUGUGCGAGACGAGGACUCAGACUACCCUGUGGAGCUCGUUUGCUCAGCCAAGCUGGGCACCGUCGUCUCUGUCAUCAGCCCGGCUUUGGCUGAUGGCCGCACCACCAUCGAGCCUGGCAAGCCCUGGACUGCUCCCACACGCGGCCCUCGCCCACGUAGCCAAGCAAGCGCGGGUACAGCCACAGCAGCUACAGCAGGUGCACCCGCUACAGCGUCCACCUCUGCUGCGUCAGCGACAACAGGAACCGGCAACGGCACAGCAAGCAGUGGCGCACAGCGGCGGGCAUACACGUACAUCACGACAGAUAUGGCGGCAAAGCAGGCGCACCAGCGCGGUAUCAUCAACAUCUACGGUGUUGUCACGUACUUCCGCACGCCGCAGAAAACGCGAAACGACUUUAUGAUGUCCGUCACGAUUUCCGACAGCUCCUGGCAGCUGGACAGCGAUGGGCUCAAGAUGAAUCUGUUUGCGCGGGAGCGGUCGCUGCUGCCGCCAAUUCAGCGCGUCGGCGAUGUCAUCCGCGUGCACGGACUGAAACUGCAGGUGUACAGCGGCUCGCCGCAGGGGGUCGCAAACUUCAACCCAAAGAAACGCGAUUCGUUCGUGCUGUUCCACGGGCAGCCGGCCAUGCCCCUCGCCCCAUAUGCGCACUCCAGCAAAUCCUUCACCUUCACAGACGCAGACAAGGCCAUGCUGCGUCGGUUGCGGUCGUGGGCGCUGGCGCAGACGUCCAUCCAGCGGCACCAGCUGCUCUCCGAGACGACGAGCGAGGGCUUCUACGACAUCAUCGUUCAGGUGCUGUGCGUGCUGCCUUCAACGCCCACCAAGAGAGCGAUGUUGAUUGUGUGGGACGGGAGCCAGCCACCACAGGCUGCCCUCCCAUCCCACUCGCUGUAUCUUCCCAAUGUUCCCAGCGCCGUCACUAGCAGAUGCAUCGAACUUUCCCUCGAUACCCAAGUCGAGCAAUCCGCGUUGCGCCUCCGCCCGAAUGACAUCAUCAAAUGCAAUCGCGCCGGCGUCUCGCUCCAGCACGGAAGGCUGGUGUACACUGUCCGCUCGCGUGCCGGGGACAUUGUCAAGUUGGAUGAGAGCGACGCAGACGCACAGCUGCUGCUCAGGAAGCUGAGCCAGGUGUCUGGCCGUGAUGCAACCGUACAACAGGCAGCGACAACAGCAACACCCGCCACAAGCACGACUGCAGCGACAGCGACCACAGCAGCAGCAUCGGCGCGAACCACGGCGACGGGCGGAAAGCGGGUGACGUUUGGAGGCGUUCCCCGCCCCCAGUUCAGAAGCAGUGCAAGUGAAGCGAACAGCAGGCCAUCACCAUCAUCAUCAUCAGCAGCAGCAGCAGCAAGAACAGGACCUGCCAUAUCAUCAUCAUCAUCAUCAUCAUCAUCAUCAUCAUCAUCAUCAUCAUCAUCAUCAUCAUCCCGCAAACGGGCAAAACGCGGGCGACUCACAACCGCGGUGUGCCCAUCGCACCUGCCGAAGACAACCCUCAAACAGCUCAUGCAAACAACAGCGCCCACGAUGGGUCGCUGUUCGUGCAAAGUGCACGCGUAUCGACCAGCGGACAUCAGCGAAAUCACACAGCGCGUUUGUGCACAGUGCAAUCGAAGCUGCGCGUCGUCGACGUGUGCGGGCUGCGGGUCUGGUGUGCACGUGCGGCACCAAUGGGCGCUGACGCUGCUGGUGCACGACCCGACCGUCAUGACCAGCGUCCUCCUCUACGGCGAUCACGCGACGACGUUCCUGCUCGGAGCAGAUGCCGAAGCUUUCAACCGCGACACUAAAGUGCGCGAGGAGGUGAUGCAGCUAUUGCAGCAGCUGGCAUCCGACAAGCCAACCGUGGACAUGUGCAUUGAAGCGUACACCAACCGCGAAGGGAAGCGACAACUGUCUGUGUUUGCCACACAGCUCACGUUUGACUGACGCGACGUAAUUGAGACAGCUGUUGUGGCAACGUGCUGUUGUGUUGCAGCACUGCCCCAUGUAUCUCACGUUGUGGACCGCUGGCCGGUCGCUCGUUGGUGCUGUUGCUUGUGGAUAUGGGAAGCGAUAAGGAAACGCAAGUGGCGUGGUAGCUAGCUAGCAAAGGGAGAGAAGAGGGAGACGGAGUAAACGCAGCAAUCAAG